AUGAGAAUCACGAAGACUCGAGCACAUUUCAUAACAAAUUAUGCGGCAAAACUCGCCGUCCUGCUUAUCAUCAUAUUACUUCUCUUCAUGUCAACCACCGUGGUUGCCAGAGGCGGCGGUGGUGGUGGCCACGGUGGGGGUCAUAGUGGUGGAGGAGGAGGCCAUGGUGGUGGAAGAGGAGGCCGUGGUGGCGGCCAUGAAGAAGAAGGAAGGCCAGAGAUUGGUGGAGGCGGAAUGGUUCAUCGACCAGUGAGAAGGAACGGAGACUCUGCACUCAAUCCUUUUGCGGAUGGAACUGCAGCUGUUUUAACGAUCAUAUUUCUUCUUUUCAUCUAG